AGCCGUCUUGGGCUCAAAAGCAUCCUAGCCAUUUUGGCUCAAGUUGUGUCGAGCUCGUUUUGACCUCACACCUCUGAUGCCGAUGGCGCUUGCGCAGUCCCACUGCACGGAAGCGGCUCGCGCUGCUGCUCUUGCCUCGCACUCCGCCGCCAGCCUUGCCGCUGCCGCCGGGCUGCGCGAGGCAGCGCGCCUUCUCCGUUCUUCGGAGGCGCUGGCGCGGGCGGCCGUUGCGGCGCUGCUUGCACUUCCUCGUCCCGUGGCUCCUGCUCCUGGCGCUGGCGACGGCGCUGUGGGCGGCGGCGUCAAGGGAAAGAUGAAGCGCGCCAAGAAGAAGAAGGGUAAGCAGGCUGUUAUGGAGGGUGUGGACGGUGGUCCGGAGUUGCCGCCGCCAGCCGGUGGCGUCCCUGAGGUUGCUCCGCCGGCAACUUCUGCCUUGGCAGUGCCCCCGGUGGUUGCGGAGCUUGCUCCCAGCAGGCCGGCGCGCGUCUUGGCUCCCCGGUCCUCUCGGGAACGCUCUCCACGCGGCGUUCGCGCGCUGGCUUCAGCUUCACCUUCGUCUUCGCCUUCGCAGGUCCCAACUUCGGCAAGUGCUGCGACUUUCGCUGAGGGUCAGGCGGUGGUGCUCGGCGAUCUGGUGUCUCGCCCAGAUCUCACGGGCAAGUGCGGCGUCGUGAAGUUCUUCGACUCCACUUCGUCGCGCUACGCUGUCUGCAUCGACGCCUCCGGUGAGAUGGUCAAGGUUCUCGACAAGAACUUGCGGGCGAGCCUUUUCGCGUGCAGUCGCCCCGGCUGACGUUCGCCCUGCAGGUCCUUGUCGCGGUGGGCACCGUGUGAGGGGCAUGACGCGAAUUCAAGUGCAGUCCUGGGCACCCUCGUGCGUUCGCUCGUUCUGUCACUGCGGCCAGAAAAAAAAAGGCUCAAAAGCAUCCUCUGGCACCUCGCCCUCUCUCCCCGCCUAGACCCAGGGAUGGGGUAGGGGGAGGGCCAGGUCCCCCAAAGGGGUCG